AUGAAUGAUAUCACUUUUAACCCUCGCACCUUGACCAUCUACUGUUUUAUGCUACAUAUGAGAAUGAGACAGAAGAAUUUGUCUUUGAAGCUGAAGAAGACUUGCCAUGCCAACUGGGUCAUUCAAAACAGCAACAAGUUGAAGAGAAAGGUUCCUGUUGGUGCUUUGAUCGAUCCCAAUCUGAUCAAAGUAACUCAGUAUCUUAAAUGCAAUCAUUCUGGCACAAAGGCAGAGAGUUUGAAGAAGCAAGCAGUUGAAAAUGACGAGCUCCAUGUUGUUAAGCGUAGAAAUACUAUGGGUAGCAGCAUCAAGGUGGGAUGCUUGGCUACUUUAGUUGUUAAGUUUUUUAACAGUGGUAAAGUAACAGUAGUUUACAACUGGAGGCAUAAUAACCACAAUCCUCUUGAGCUUUCUGAUAUCUCUCACUCUCGGCUCUCUGAAGAAGCCCGUAUCUGGAUCAAUGAACACGUUGAGAAAAACCUUGACUGGAAAGCCAUUAAGGGACUUCUAAGACUAGAAGAUAUAAAACUAGAAGAGAUGGAGAACUCUAUGUCAAUGACAUCUAUUCCUUCUGCAAUGAUGAUACAGUAUAAAGAUGUUCAUAAUGCUAUUGUAGCUAGAAUCAACAACAGUGCUAGAAAACACUACAAAGAUGAGAUAAGUACUGAAAGAUGGAUUGCUUUCCUUCAAGAAAAGGGCUACCAAACUAUGUUUGACACAUAUAAUUCUGUUGGGCCUCUUCUUUUUUUAGAAAAUGCAGAGGAGUGGUAUCUUGACUCAACCCACAAAACCUGCAAGUCUUUCCUUGACAACAAGGACUGUUAUUUGAUGUCUGUGAUUAUAUACAACCCUGUAACUAACAAGGGAGUUCCAGUUGCUUUCUUUGUUAUCAGCAUCAAAUGUAGUUAUACCAUUGCAAGAUGGUUGAAUUGGUUGAAAGAUACCAAUAGCUUGAAGGUCAAAUGGAUCAUGAUUGACUGUAGCCCAAUAGAGCAGAAGGCUAUCCGGGAUACAUUUGGACUUUCAGUUCAAAUUCUUUUGUGCCAUUGGCAUAUCAAACGUGCUUGGGAAAGUCAUGUCAAGAAGGUGACAAUCCCCAACGCCCACCUUGAGACCAAGAAUGUCUGGGCCAACAUUCGUGCUGCAUUGAACUUGAUAAUGCAUAGCAAUAAUAAAGCCGACUACAAUGCUCAUUGGCAAAAGUUCAGAUUAGACUAUGGCAUACAGUUUCCUGGCUUAAUGUCUUAUAUGGAGGUUACAUGGGAACCAAAGAAAAAAAGAUGGGUUAAGGCAUGGAGACAGGAUGCUGUAUGCCAUACAAACAAUUUGAUAGAGUCUUAUCAUAACCAACUAAAGUCCUUUUAUUUAGGCCAGUCUUGCGGCUGUAGAAUUGACAAGAUUGUAUAUGUACUUUCUCAGUUAGUUGAGAGAGAUUACCGUCAGGAUACUCUUGAGACCUAUUUUGGUAUUAAGAGCAUCAGACUUAGUGUGGCUGACACAGAACGAAAGAGAAAGGUCAAUGUUAUUGCUAUCGAAAGAGCAAAUGGUCUGGUUGAAGAAGUCGAACCGCAAGAAUUGCAAGCAAACAAGAUGUAUUCUUGCAAAUCUUUUGGAGAGGGUUGUGAACUAGUAUACUUUAUCAAGUUCACAACCCACUUACAUGACUGCUCUUGCCCAGACUCUGCUAGAUUAUGCAAACAUAUCUUCUUGGUCUCUCAAGUUUUUGACCUGCCGGUGACAGUAAGACGAAAUGUCAUACUGGAUUCAGCUACGUUGUUUAGCCUUAAUGAAAACAAUGGCAAUAUUAUUUCAGAAGAUAAUAUUGUCUUAUUGGAAAACCAAAUGAGCGAAGAUGAGCAGAAAGCAAAUAUUCUGCUUAUGAAUGAAAGUUUGGAGAGAAUUUGA